ACCAGCGGCGAUCUCGCGAGACUACAGUGCGUCCCUCCUGGGGAGCCGGCGGGGCGAAACGGCUUGGCGGCUGUGGCGAGGGCGGGCCUUGUGGGCACCAUGCCGUCGGCCUUUUCAGUCAGCGCCUUCCCCGUCAGCAUCCCCGCGGUGAUCACGCAGACAGACUGGAGUGAGCCCUGGCUGGUGGGGCUGGCUGUCUUCCACGUGCUGUGCCUGCUUCUCACUUGCUUCUCAUCCCAGAGGUACCGGCUACAGAUUGGCCAUUUCCUGUGUCUCGUGGUCCUGGUCUAUUGUGCUGAGUACAUCAAUGAAGUGGCCGCAAUGAACUGGAGGUUGUUUUCAAAAUACCAGUAUUUUGACUCCAGGGGGAUGUUCAUUUCUGUUGUGUUCUCAGCACCACUGCUGCUCAACGCCAUGAUCAUUGUGAUUUUGUGGGUACGCAAGACUUUGAACGUGAUGACUGACCUGAAGAACUUGCAAGAGAAAAGAAAAGAGAAGCUGCGGAGGAAGGAGGAGUGAGGUGGAAGUGGGUGGAGCCUAAAUGCUGCUGAACUCCUGCAAGGAUAGACUGUGGCCUCCCAGAGGACUGUACAGAGUGCUGGCCCCCGUCUUCUCAGCCUGAGGCCUUUGAAGCAGGUCUGGCAAAGAUGGAGCAUAUCUGAUGUACCAGCCAGUCCCCUGAGCCCAGGCCCUCUGAA